AUGCAUUCUGGGAAUGCCAGCGGCACUGGAGAGGGGAGAUGUGCAGAGUGGGUCUCAGCUGUGUCCCAGCCGUGCCCAGAUCUUCCCAGAGAAGAGCCAUCAGCUCCUGGGGGAUGGAAAACUGCUGACUGCACCACGCUGGGGACGCUGGAUUUCAGCUUGCUCUAUGAUCAAGAAAACAACGCUCUCCACUGCACGAUCAAUAAAGCCAAGGGCCUGAAGCCAAUGGACCAUAAUGGUUUGGCUGAUCCAUACGUCAAAUUGCACUUGCUUCCCGGAGCCAGUAAGGCGAAUAAGCUGAGAACCAAAACGCUGCGCAACACACUGAACCCCACCUGGAACGAGACGCUCACCUACUACGGCAUCACUGACGAGGACAUGAUCCGCAAGACCCUGCGGAUCUCGGUCUGUGACGAGGACAAGUUCCGCCAUAACGAGUUCAUUAUAGAUAAAACAGAGGACAAGUCGCUGGAGGAGCGUGGCCGGAUCCUCAUCUCCCUCAAGUACAGCUCGCAGAAGCAGGGGCUGCUGGUGGGCAUCAUCCGCUCCAUCUCCAGUGUUUUGGCACGGGAGGAGGGGGCUGCAGGUCCAGGGGGCUCAGCCACCCAUCUCACCCUGCCUCUGCUCAGGAGCUGGUCCCACAGGUGCCAGCCAGGAGGGGUGCAGGAGCUGCGUGCGACCGUGCGGCGUUGCUUUCGUUGCAGUUACUUGAAACCAGAUGAGGACAAGAAAUCGAAGCAUAAGACGGCGGUGAAGAAGAAGACGCUGAACCCCGAGUUCAAUGAGGAGUUUUGCUAUGAGAUAAAGCACGGCGACCUGGCAAAAAAGACCUUGGAAGUCACAGUGUGGGACUACGAUAUCGGGAAAUCAAACGAUUUCAUAGGUGGAGUGGUGCUGGGGAUCAACGCCAAAGGCGAGCGGCUGAAGCACUGGUUCGACUGCCUGAAAAACAAGGACAAGAAAAUCGAGCGCUGGCACACGCUAACGAACGAGCUGCCAGGAGCCGUCCUCAGCGACUGA